UAAUUGAGAAGCACUGCGUUUAUGGACUACAAAAUAAAUAACGCUAAUAUUUUAUGUUUCCAUCCGUGGGCUAAAUUUGUGUUUUUGUGUUUUGUGUUACAGUGAUAACAGUGAAAUUGUGCAGUCAAUCCAACUCUUACUGCACCUGGUAACAUCAUCUGGGAGAAACCAGAGCACUAACUCUGGUGUUACUACUCACACUGAAGGGGAGCAGAGGCAAGGCAGCCACACUAACAACACUGGACCAGAAAGACCAUCUGUUCAGAUGGAAAUGACACGGUCCUUUCCAGGUAUCUUUGCCCGUGGAAGAGGAAAGCGGCGCUUUCCUGCAGCAAGUUAUAUCCCUGCAAAGAAAAUUAAACCAUUGGAAGUGGUCUUUCACUUGUUGCCUAAACAAUAUGAGAGAAGUCCAUCUGAAGAAGAGCAGAUAGUCCACCUGCAGGCAGGGUUGGGUCGCAGGACUGCUCAACUAUAUGAAAGCACAACACAUGAUGAGCUGUGUGAAGCCCUCAAUGUUUUGUUUCCAAAACUGGCAGCAGUUACUGGUGGUUGGUUGGUGUACAAGUGUCGAGGCGGAUGGGGGAGCCGAAAACUUUCUUUAGUGGCACCUGAUAGCACCGGAUACACAGGCAAGAUCUUAAACUUGGCAAAUAAGAAUGGCAAUGCAACGUUAUUCAUAGCGCCAAUCCAAGAAGAGCUCAGCACCGAUCCUCUUCACCCAACUGAUAAGGCAUUCAGCAGCAUGCCCAAAGCCACAUGUCAGACAGAAGCAGUUCCCCUUCAACUUCUCACAGUACACAUUCAGUCUUGUGCUGGUGUGGAUGCCAAUGAACCAGUGGUGAACAAAUCAUUGCAGCAAUGUCCUCUAUGCACGGAAAUGUUUUCCACUGACUUCAUCGAGGAGAAUGCUUCUUCAUGUGGAGAAAGGUAAUUAUUAACUUCUUGCUAUUGAAAAUUUUUACUCUACAUUAAACCUAUU